AUGCCAUGGUUUCCUGAGCACACUACAAAAGACGCUUAUAUUUCUCUCUUACAACAAAAAUCUCCACCUGCUACCGAGCUUCAACUUAAGGCAGCACUAUUACGUCGUGCCAUGACUGACGUCGAUCGGAUGAUAAAAUUAAGUGAAGAUAGAUUUGCUCUCGUUUCUCUGGUACAAAAAGGUUUGGUCGGUGAAGAGCUCUGGAAUUCUUUUUUGAAGGCUGAACAAGAGCUCCAACAGGACUUAAUGGAUGUUACUGCUGAGGCCGAUACUUUUAAAGAAGACUGGGGUCAAACAAUACUUCAAACUGCUAAUCAAAUGGAGUUAUUGAAAAUGGAUGAAGAUCAAAAGAAGAAAUCAAAUGCUGGAAAAGAUAAUAAAGGAAAGGGUAAAAAAAAGUAA